AUGGCAACGAGAACUGUACCAGUAACAAAAUCAGAAAAUAAGUUAAUUCCAAAGAGUUUUCCGUUUGGGGCAUCAACAUCCGCUUAUCAAAUAGAAGGAGCGUGGAUUGAGGAUGGAAAAGGUGAAAGUAUAUGGGACUACUAUUUUCACAGUGGAAAAGGUAGUUCUUCUCUUACAAAUGGCGAUAUUGCUUGCGACUCUUAUCAUAAAUAUAAAGAAGAUAUUCAUUUAGCUGCGAAUCUUGGACUUACGAUGUUCAGAUUUUCCAUUUCGUGGCCAAGAAUUUUACCAAAUGGCAAUCCUAACGAAAUCAAUCAGAAAGGUAUUGAUCAUUAUCGGAGCGUUAUAGAAGAAAUGCUGAAAUACAACUUAACUCCAGUUGCAACUCUGUACCACUGGGAUUUACCACAACAUCUUUUCGAAAAGGGUUAUCAUUGGACUAACCCGGAAGUAGUUCCUUAUUUUGUUGACUAUGCUCGAAUUGUUAUUAAAAGUUUACCAAAAGUUGGAAUUUGGAUUACAUUAAAUGAACCCAGACUUUUAUGUCGCUUAGGAUAUGGCGUUGGGGUUAACGCGCCCAGUAUAAGCAGAGAUGGAAUAGAUGAUUACUUAUGUGCAUAUACAACAAUUAAAGCACACGCUGCUGUUUAUCACAUGUACAAGGCAGAGUUUCCAGAUUAUACAGCAAAAAUGUCAAUAUCCCCAGAAUGUGAAUGGAUAACACCAUAUAGCAACUCGAUAGAAGAUAGAGAAGCAGCAAAUAGGCAGAUGCAGUUUCAGUGCGGUAUGUACUAUCAACCUAUAUUUAAAGGCGAUUGGCCUGAAGUAGUGAAACAAAGAAUACAACUCAGGAGCAAAAUGGAAAAUCUGUCCAAAUCCAGACUUCCACAGUUUACGCAAGAAGAAAUCGAAUAUAUUAAUGGGACCUACGAUUUUCUGGGAGUUAAUCAUUAUUAUACAUCAAUUGUCAAAGAUACUAUAGAAGCUGCAGAAAGUGUUAUUAGUUACAAUGCGGACGUAAGGACUGAAGUUACUCUUGAUGCCGCGAUUCCGCAAGGGAUUUACAAUGUUUUAAAAUGGUUCGAAGAACAAUAUGGUCCAAACGAUGUUAUAAUGACUGAAAUAGGAUUUGGAUUACUUGACUCUGACAACAAUAUAAACGAUACUGUGCGAUCCGACUAUUAUGCAAAUGAUAUAAGUUGUUGUGAAAGACAAUACGCUUACGUAAAUGAAAGAGAAGUUGGACACUGUGUAGCGAGGCACUAA